AUGUAUGAUUUAAUGCUUGUUUCUCGUGCGCGUGCGUCACAAAUCAUACAUUUUUAUGCUCACAAGCCAUCUGGACAUUUGGUGCCUGAGGAAAGCUCUCAGCGGUAUAAUCAAGGAAAUGUUGCUAUCAGACCCCAGGACUCUGUUGAGUUGCGGAAUAUGCUUCCACCCAGUGAGGAUGAAUUGUGCAAUGCAAUGUGCAUGAUCUUUGCUGGUUAUCAGGAGAAACCUUCAUGUGCAACUGUCAAACAGAUGCAUCCAGUUUUAGUGACCAAAUCUGUAGUUAAGACACUGAUUGAAUUUCUAGUCGCAAACAAUCCUUGGUAUCAGCAAUGCAGUGUUUUGUAUAGCCAAGAGAAUAUGGAUGCUCUUUUUGAAGAUAUUGAUGGCGAUGCGGACACAGGCAUUCCCAAAGCUUUGCAAAUAUGUCAUUUAUCGAAAGAUGACUCCAUUGAUCAAUUCCUUCCUUUGGAAUCACACAAUCCAAGUAUUUCAGACAGCAUAGAUCCCGGCGAUAUUACCAUGGAAGCAAUAGGUUUUACCAAGGGUGACCAUUCAGCAAUGAGUCAAGAGAAAAUGAAACUUCAUGCAUUGGCACAUGUAUUAGAUCAUAACAAGUUCAUAUUGUCAAAGGCAGGCUCAUCCUUUGUCUCUGACAGCGAUCCAGGCUUGAUGUCUUUUUUAUUUCCACACUUGGAUCCUUGGGAUAUCAGUGGAUUUAAUCAUAGUGGUCAUAUGCGUCCACAACAUAUCACAAUAGAAGCACAAGUCAAAAAUUUAUUGCAUCAGGAGAAUUCACUUUUUGUCAGAGAUCCCAAUUUUGCGUUCAUCUGCUGGAACAUGAUCCAGAAAAAAGAGGUCAGCACAAACACCAAUUUUAGAAUUGGGGCAUCUUUGCAGCACACUCUGGCUGAGGAAUUAAGAGAUGUGGGACCUUCCCUUAUGAGUUUGGUGGAGAAGUGGAUGUGCUCUGUCAAUGCAAAGCCAUCUACAACUCAGGAAAAGAAAGCUGCAAAACUUUUACAUUGUUUACAUGCAUCGGCAAGGUUGUUGAAAGGUAGUGCAGGAUAUAAAUUGUGUCAUCACAAUGAGAGAUGCUCUCUGAUGAAAAAAUUUAGUACUCCAGCAUUGUUUGUCACUGUCAACCCUCAUGAUCUUACAAACAGCAUGAUUCCCAUCCUUUUGGAAAUGGGGCUUGAGGAAUGGUCUUUGAUGACAUUGUUUGAGAGGGCAAAGAUAGUUGUGGGUCAUCCCAAUGCUGCGGCAAUUGCUUUUGAUCUCCAAAUUCAAGCAUUUAUCGACAUCAUAAACAUGGCCCAGGCAUUUUCGGACAUUGCCAAGCAUAUUAUGGCAUGGUAG